AUGGCCGAGGAGCAUGUGCUAUGCUGGCACGACAUUGAGGCGCUGCGCCGGCAUGUCCUGAGCUUCUUGAGCCCGCGCGAUAUCCUCCGCGCAUCAAGCACGAGUCGCGGCUUCCGCGGCGCUGCCCAGCACGUCGAUGCCAUCAGCCUCGUGCAGGCCACGCCAAUCAACACCCGCCUCGCCCACGUCGCACGCUUCUUCCGCGGCGCGAAGCAGCUGCGCGUGACGCAGUGCUACCUACCGACAGACAGCUUGCACGCGCUAGCUACGUUUGCGUACCUCCGCGACAUUACCCUCUCGGACGUUGCCUUUCUCCAAGACGGCCACAUCGCGUCCAUCACGCGCAGCGCGUCGCAGCUUACGUCCUUGACCGUUGUGAGCUGCCACUUGCUCGCCCACGUGCACAUUUUGGCCUCGCGGGCGUUGACGCAUGUGCGCUUUGAGCGCAACAUGAACCUCAAGCAGCUUGAGAUACGUGGGGAUAAUGUGGCCGUGACGCAUCUGACCGUCACCACGUCCGCGACGUUCCAGCACGCGGACGCGCUCGUCCAUGCGCUGCCGUCACUGACGCACGCUUCGUUUGCCGAGUGUGGCAUGCUCAGCAGCUUUGUACUGGCGUCCGAGCAUCCGUCCUUGCAGAAUUUGGACCUUGGCCGGUGCCACGUGCUUCUCGUCGUCGACGUCCACGCUCCGCAUCUCCAACGGCUCGACGUCGAUGGAUCGAUGCAACUAACGCACUUGGCCGUCCGCUCGUCGUGCCUUCGAAGGCUGGACGCCUGCAUGAUGCUUCAUUUGCAGUCGGUCACGCUCGACUGCCCGAGUCUUGUGAAACUCAACCUCACGGGCGCGUCACGCCUGGUAGCGCACGGUCUUCAGCUCCAAUGUCCGCAACUCAAGCGCCUUCUUGUGCACAGUACGUCCGCGAUCCACGCCGAGGACUUUGUCCACCGAUGA